AAGUAGUGGGAAGUUUCGGCCAAUGCCCUUUGGAUUGUUGAGUUUAUUGUCAAAAUCAGCUGUUGUUAUUAGAAAACUGACAAAACCUUGAGCAGUAUCGAACCGAAACCAUAUUAGUUUGAAAAAAUGGUUUCAAGAGGCAGGAAACGGGGCUUAGUUUAAGUUUGCCGGUAAAUAAUGGGACGAGGAGACAUCCAGCUGAGGGCACAGCCCCGGCUGGACCUGCAAUGGUUGAAAAUGAAUGUGGAGAGCAUUUUCCAUAGCAAUGAAAACUUGGUGAAUACUUGGAAUGCCUUGAUCUCAGAUGGAGAGGUCACAGGAAACUUUUCUCCUGGCCUGCUUAACUCUGCUGGAGUGAUGGCAAAGGAGGGUGAAUUUGGAAAAUUUUAUUGUGGACAGAGGGUUCUAACUUGCACCUGUUGUGAUGGAAUCUGUGGGCCACUAACCGGCUGCAAUUGCCCUCCAUGUCAGAAUCUGGACGCUGAAAAGACCGCUUUAUCAGCUGCAAAGAAGGAAAAAUUGCCACUUGCGAGCACUCAAUUGAACCAGUGGGCGUGGGGCCCGCAACCGACUCCGGAGGAAUUAAGGCAGUGCAUCCAGAGUUUGAAUUGCGAACAGUCCAUGCUUUGCUCUGAGGCUGCCGAUUCUACUUUAUCUUCCACCCAUUUACACUACAAGCUCCUGAUUCUGAAAAGAUAUUUUAUUGCCCUCAACCGCAUGCCUUAUUAUGGGGAAAAGGAAACUUUAACUCAAAGUGCCAGAGUGGCGAGUAAUGUUAAAGAAAGUUCCAACUCGGACAAAGAUAGCAGUACAAAAUCCAGAAAGGUUUCGCAGCUCGACCCUGUUGUUGUACUAGCUCGAGUGGGCUCUAGGGCUGCCUUGAAUUUUGCCUUUGCAUUUUUAAGGCGAGCCUGGCGAGUUGGUGAAGAUGCUGAUCUUUGCACGGAACUUUUGAUCGAAUCUCUUGAAGCACUGAGGAUCUUGCCUCCUUGCACGCUGUAUGAUAAAAAUAACGUUUCUCCCGUGUGGCUGGAAGUUAUGGAAAAAUCUUCAACGUUUUUAAGACAAGUAGUGGAAGGAGAAAUAUCGGGCGGUUCCAGGCCACAAUGUCCCAUACCGUUAGAGGAUCAACACACCUCGUUAAACAUACUUCUGGAGUUUGCUUUGCAACGGGGCGUCUUAAGCGGAAUUUUGGACAUGGUCCUUCUAAUGCUGAGUUUGUGGGAGAAAACCGUGCAUCUUCUAGAUAACAAGGCAUCGCUUCAAACGGCCAGCGCCCCUUUAUUGUCUUUUCUGCGUCGUUUUUCCGAAGUUCCACUUGUCGCGUCAAUAUUCCAAGACCAGCAGACAAAGGAGUCCCAGCCGUCUUGCACGGCAUUGUUCCUGGACAUGCUCGAUUUGCCUGCUGAUGAACGAGUGGAAAUUGAUUUGAGGCAAGCGGCCGUUUACAUCAUGUCGCGCUUGGACCGCCUCGCUAAGCCCCAUAUGCCCCCUCUAUCUUUUAACAAGUCAUUACAGCAGAAAAACGGGCAACGAUUGUGGGCUUGGGGCUCGCUAAACUGGGCUCCUAAUCCCGGGCCCCAAGGUUGCGAAUAUUUGGCCGAGCUGGGAAUCAGGCAGAUGAAGUGCAGUGAAAGGGGGGUGCUGCUAUUGACAUGCUCUGGCUCAGUGUAUUUUGUUUAUUACACCUCGGAGACUCAGUGUCCGCAGCAGAUUGAGACUCUGAAAGAGAAGCAAAUUCAGCUAAUUGCCGCCCAUGUUGAGGGCAAACAUUACAUGGCGCUAGAUCGACAUGGGGUGGUGUAUUCCUGGGGAUCAGGAGAUGGAGGUCGUCUAGGCCAUGGAGACACCUUAGCCAAGGAGGAACCCGCAGUCAUCGAAGCGCUCUGCGGAACAAAAAUCAUCGCUAUCGAAUGCGGAGCCACUUACAGUGCGGCAAUUUCGUCCAAUGGCUAUCUGUACACUUGGGGACGUGGAAACUACGGCCGUUUGGGCCAUGGCACUUUUGAGGACGUCCUUAUACCCACUCCAAUAACCUCAUUGGCUGAACAUCAUAUAGUUGCUGUAGCUUUAGGCUCAGGUGAUGCUCAUUCUUUAUGUGUAACAGCGCAAGGGCUCGUUUUGAGCUGGGGCGACGGCGAUUAUGGGAAACUUGGAAGAGGAGGCGCUGAGGGCAGCAAAGUGCCUAGGAUUAUCGAGCAGCUUCAAGAUGUGGAGAUUGUAAAUGUUUGGUGUGGGCCCCACUUUAGCGUGGCUUUAUCCAAAGAAGGGAAAGUGUACACUUGGGGGAAGGGCGAAGGAUGGAAACUGGGCCAUGAAAGCGAGGACAAUGUGAGAAAGCCGGAGCUGGUGGAAGCUUUGCAAGACAAAGCAGUUGUAUUUGUCGCUGUUGGAAUAUCCCAUUGCUUGGCGUUGACGUCCGAUGGUGUGGUUCUGGGAUGGGGCAAAAAUGACAACAGGCAAAUAGCCGAUACCAGCGAAGCCUUCAUUCAGCAACCGCGAGUGAUUGAGAGCCUUAAAGGGCAUCAGAUCGUUAACAUCGCUUGCGGUCCCAUGCAAAGCUUUGCCUGGACUGACGUGAACAAUUUUACGCCUCUCACUGAGAUACCCUUUGUCAUGGACUUGUGUGAAAACACCUUCAAGUAUCUGGAUCAGCUUCUCAGCGUUGUUACUGUCCCACCGCCAACAAGUCAAGACAAAGAGUGCAUUGCUGUAUCGGCUCUGAACCUGCUGCAAAUCCAACUUCACAGCGUGAUAAACAAUCGCAUCGACCCAAAAGUACUUGGCCUGGGACCUAACUCUAAGCUUUUGGCUUCCAUCAAGUCCAAAGUGGUGCACUUUGCCAGCAGCUCGAAUGUUCUGCUCACGGUGCAGACAGCCGCACAAGCGGUUCUCCAAGCUGGAUGGUUCGUUUUGCUUCCCACACCCCAGGGCAGGGCCAGAACCUUGUCAACACUUCUACUAAAUUCUGAUAUGGAGUCAAAAAUGUGCAAAUCCGGGCACAGAUUUAUGACAGACCUGCUGGUGUGGUCGCUGAUGGCCGAUCGCGGUCUGGACAACGCUCUAAACGAGUUUCUCAGCGUUGAUAUUUCCGAGAUGGCCAACCUAGACGAGACUUGCGAGAUCGGAUCUUCACCACUUGCUAUACCGCUACUCUAUCUGGUUCGACAGCUAAUCCGGAAUAGUUCCACUAUGACUCAGAGUGCCAUGAAGGAAUGCUCGAGUGGCAGGAGUGGGUCGCAAAAGUCGAACGCAGCACCCAGCUUGAAACUACUGCAAAGGUUUCAAAGGCUGCUGAUAGGAAAACUUCUGCACAAUUCCGAGUGCAGAGAGUCGGCAGAAACUCUUCUGGCAAAGUACCUGGAAUGUCUCGGCAAGCAUGCAACUACAACGUUGAACAUCGCUUACGAUAUGUGCAUCGCUAACGCAAAAAACUUCGUGUAUGCCAUGCAGGUGCUCAAGACUGAUUUAAUUGGAGUUUUACUGCCUGAACUGGUCGUUAGCCUGGUGCUGCUCGAGCAGAGCCGGGAAAUGUUUCUCAUAUCCAUGGACUGGCUGGCCUGUUUCAAGGAAAUGCUCCGAUGCAUGGAUAAACUGUGCAGAGUUGCACCUGAAAUAGACAGUCUCGACCUGGACGACAUCAGUUGGCCUGGUGUUUCUCAGGUAGCAGAGGAAUACUCGCUUUUAACCGGCUUGACUGUAGCUUCAUUUCAGUCAAAGCUUCCAAAUUUCUCGCACAAACUGCACGACGAUUUACCAUUGAUUAGAAAAGCCGAUCUGGAGAACCACAAUCUGGAUGGAGGAAGAUGGUUGGUGUUGAAUAAUCGCGUCUACGAUGUGCAAGACUUCCGCAGCGAUAAUCCCACUGUUAUGGAUGUCCUUCAGAGGUUUACUGGCAAGGACGCCAGCCACGUGAUAAACACGUCGUUUCCGCACUUGCUGCCCUCGAUCGAACACUAUCUUGUCGGCAAUUAUUGCCUUCCUGAACCAGAAGCUGCGGUCGGGGGCAAUUUGGAGUAUAUGUACACGUGCUCGAUGCUCUUGGAGUGUGAAAGAAACUUGGGGUUCCUUUUAGGUCUGCACGCCUUCAACUUGCGCCAAAGCCUUCCACAAAAGGAGGAAGAACGGCAGUCGAAACAAUGGAUUACUGCGCGCUUUCUCUGCGGAGGACUUCAAGUGGAACAACCACCCAAUCCCUACGAGGAGGAAAAAGGAGAGUCGAGGAGCACAAAUUCCACCGCUGACAACACGCCAACGGAAGCCAGCAGAGAGAAUCUCAGCCACAGACCUCUGAAGAGCUUUCACCUACCAAUCGACCGCAUAAACUGCUUUAUUAGUGCACUGGCUGAGAGCAGAUUGUCGGAUCAGUACGUAAUAGCGUUUCUAGCGGUUAUAGAGCAGCAUUCAAAAGCCAACAACUAUCUCACCAGAGUGGAUUUUUCUUUUGAACAUCCCAUAGAAGAAAUAGGCAGGGUUCUGUUUGCGGUUUUGAUUAAGCAUUUAGGCUUGGGAUAUGUUUUACUGCCUAUUUUAGAUGCAUAUUCCACUCAACCGAAUAAUCUGAGAGUGCCGCGAUCAAUCACGGAAAUGAUUCGACUGGUGCACCAAAGCAAGUGGAAUCUGAUCAAACUGAGACAGGAGGCGAAUAAGAGCUACAAAGAGAUCUGCAUACCGCUGUUGGAGAAAUGUCGCUUUCUCUUGUACGAAGUGAAGCCGGCUAUUAGUGUUGAGAUGGAGGCCUUUAAGAAAGUCAACGCUCUAUACAAGGAGCCGCGGGUUAGAACGCUGGUCAAAAAAGUGAUUAAAGACUUGAAAUGCGGCAGGCACACGUCAGACAUCCAGAAGCCCGAAGACAUUGUGAACGCCACCAUUCAAUCGCAAACCAUCGACCGAAAAUCGCACGAAGACCUGGUGAAGCAGUCGAUGAAGAAGGCCCCGUCCGAUGGAAAGAUUGCCGAAAGCAAGAGCGAAACGGACGACAUGAACAACGAAAUUAAAAAUGGGGCUCAGAAAGGUGACGCCCGAAACGGACUGUCCGAGCCAUUUGCUUCGAACGCUCUGAAAAACCCGGUGGAGGACUGGAUCUACAUGUCGGAGGAAACCGAACUGGAUGAGAAAUGGAAUGUGGAAAAGCCGGAAAAUCCGCUGCGAAUCGAACCGAAUGCUGAGGAGAAGGACAAAAAGUUGGAAAGCAAUGUGCGGCUAUCAGGUAUCGUUACGAAGCUCACCGAGAAGCAAAUGAGCAGAGUGUGCUCCGAUAACCUCCACCUGAUAGGGAUGAUUCUGGAUUUUGUAACGCAAUCUAACUGUGAUAUUGAUACGCUAAGGAAAGUCAUGUACUUUCAGGUGAAACGAUCGAAAAUUCGCAAGACUGGGCUGCACAUGAUCACACAUCUGAUAGACGAAACGUUCCUGUUAACAUCGGUGAAAUAUUCAAUAAUUAAUGGCUAUCUGGGCCUGGAUAAACGCGACAAUCAAGCACAGCACUGUUUAGAGAACAUCCACCUCGUAACGCCGUUCCUAAAAACGGAAAUGCUGCUGGCUCAACUGAAUAUUGUUGAGUGGUGCAUUCGCAACUUGAGAAAUUACAUUCUUCGAGAUGUGCCGUCGAAGGCCUCGAAACUGAAAGGGAAUGCGAAAGUUUCGUUAAACCUCGGCACGUACACUUUGCUGCGCGACAUUCCCAGAGCCAGAAUGCUGCUUGCGUUACUGGGAAUCCUGGCCUCCAACUACUACAAUGCUUUGGAGCUGAACCCAUUGAUCAAUAGUGGAGUUCUCUCUUCGGUUCUUGCUUUGCUGAAGCAAACUGGAUGCGACCAAGCCCUAGUGAGGAAAGUUUCGGAGUUCUACGUUCUCUAUGCGGAUGCAGUCGAUGUGAAUAGGCCGCGGGCUAGGGUUCUAAACGGCAGUGAGCUGACGAAGUUAAUGAAGAUUGGCGCUAAAGUGGCGCGUGGCGCUGACUGGAAAUGGGGCGAUCAGGACGGGAUACCGCCUGGAGAAGGCCGCAUCAUCGGCGAGCUGGGAGAGGAUGGCUGGAUUCGCGUGGAAUGGUCAAACGGGACAACCAACAGCUACCGCAUGGGGGUGGAAGGAAAAUUCGACUUAACAGUGACCUCACCGCCGUCUCCAGUUUCUUCGGAGAGUGAAACCACCGACGAAUCAUGCGAAAGAAGUUCGUACCUCAUCAGAGACAACCAACUCAUCAAACUGCUCCGAGAUAUGAGCUUAAAUUUCCUGCGCAAUUUGACAAUGAGCGCAGCAUUGUCGAAUGACGAUUUGCAUUUUACGUCUCUUCAUGGACUGGGCAGCCUGUUUUGUUCUGUGCUAAACUCCAACAACUCAGACUGGUGCUCAUUGACACUGAUUCGAACCAUCUGCCAAACCCAACAGCUAUGCAGGGCCUUCAGCACCAAGCCUUGGAUCAGCAUGCUGCUGGGAUUCUUAUGUCCGCCAAAUAGCAUCGGAGGAAACGAGUUUAACUUACCGAAGCAAAUUUUUACCGUCCGCUUGCUUCAAACGGUCUUGCAGGCCUGGGACAUGGAAAAUCCGGACAUCCCUUCAGUGCUGGAAAAGCUGUUGAACAUUUUGGGGAAUAUAAUCAUAACGUGCUGUUAUGAUACGGGAAACAAACCGUUGUCCAGCAAUAAAUCGCUGGUUCUGCUUACGCAAAGCCACAGCAGCACUUUGGCCCAGGAGCUUAUUCAUUUGUUGCGCAGCUUGCAUGGAGUGCUCGGCUGGAACCAGAUUCUUAAUGUCAUUUUGAAUCAGAAGCUAAACCUGGCUGGAUACUUUCUAAGUGAUCUGUCCACUUUGAACGACGCCCUCAAUUCUGACCAGCAGCAUUUCCUGGUUGUGGCUUGUCUGAAUGUGAUCGGAGCUUGGGACGUUCGACCUCGAGUGGGAGCUCUGGCUGAAAUCGACAAUACAGUUGGCACAGUUACUCGCGUAACUCCAAAGGGCCGAUUGUGUAUUCAGCUGCACGACAGCGGCGAACUUCGCAAGGUUUCGAUCAAGGAUCUGAAGCUCAUCCCAGCGCCCGAGUUUAACUUCGAGAAAAUGUCAUUGAACGAAAGCUCCAUCAAAACCUGGGCCAACUUGCUGUUGAUCAGGCACAGCUCGCUUAACAGCCACGACCGUAAAUCCUACCAUGGUCAGGUGAAUUUGGCGUAUUUAAGGACUCAGCAGAACAUUUUGAGCGCUCUAAAUGCGACCAGAGUGCUGAAGUCCAAUCAGUAUCGGCUGCGAAAGGUUUUAAAGUUUCCGGUCAACGGAAUGGACCAGUCGCAAGAGCAGCAGUCCAUAGAGGAGGAGCUCAAUCAGCAACCGGUUUUGUUGGUGCAAAAGUUGCUAGUGAAAGCCACCCAACCAAGUCCAUUAAAGCCUGGGUUCAGUUUGCAAGAAAUGCAGCUGGCCGCAUUGAACCUCAGCCAGUACUUGGCUGCUGAAGGCAAUUUUGAAAUUCCUUGCGGCAUUAACAACGAUAAACCGGUGACGGGCAGCGUGUGCAUCAAGCCAACAAUGAGCGAAAUUGCCACACCCAACAGCGAAUGUUCCAUAAAAAGCGUGAUGAGUGAAAAAACCAGCAAGCGCAUGGAGCUGGAUGACGAGCCGGUAGUUCACCCAAUUGUACACCAAAUUGUAGAAAUGGGCUUUACCAAGAAAGCGGUUGAAUUUGCCAUCAAAUCUCUAGCCAUCGCUCCGGAAAACCUUGUAAGUCCAGAGGUAGUAAUCAGCUGGCUGUUGGAGCAUCCUGAGGUGGCAGCCGAAGAUACCGAGUCCAUAAGCUCCAUUUAUGAAUCCGACACCGAAUCCUUUUCGUAUGACAAUGCAAUCGGGCAAUGUAUGGGAACUUAUGGAGAUGAAAACCAGGAGUCUGGAACGCAGUAUUGCAGACGGUCGCAAUUCCUGUCCAAUGAUGAAUACGCCAUGUAUGUGCGCGAUAAUGUGGAAGUGGGCAUGCUGGUGAGAUGUUGCAAAAACUACGAAGAAGUUCAAAUGGGCGAUAUUGGGAAAGUGGUGAAAAUCGACAGAGAGGGGUUGCACGAUCUAAACCUUCAGGUGAACUGGCAGCACAAAGUCAGCACGUAUUGGGUGCGAUUCAUUCAUGUCGAACUGCUCGGUUUUCCUCCAUCGAUGCCCUCACCUGCCACCAUCAAAGUGGGCGACAAAGUGCGCGUGAAACCGACAGUGACCACACCGAGGUACAAAUGGGGCUACGUGACCCACGAUAGUGUGGGCGUGGUAGCCGCAAUAGCGCCCAACGGACACGACGUUACCGUCGACUUUCCAAAGCAGCAAAACUGGACGGGACUUUUGUCGGAAAUGGAAGUGGUGCCUUCGAGCCAUGAGGGCAUUUCCUGCAACAGUUGCUGCGUGCAACCGAUCAAGGGCCCUAGGUUCAAAUGCAAAGUGUGCGAUCGCUACGACUUGUGCGACAACUGUUUCUAUACCAAGAGGAACCACGGCCACAGUUUUGUGCGCGUUCAAGAACCGGGGAGUCCGGAAAUUUAUGCAGGCAAAGCUGGCCGCUACUACCGCCAAGACACCACAGAAACAGAAGGCGAAGUGACAACGGAAUGGAAUCGAAUCGUAAAAAACGUGACGUUUUCCUCAAAGUGUGGAGUUCGAUUCGAUCUGCCCGGCUCGGUUUGGCAGAGCAACGGAUCCCAAGGGAAGCACUGGAUCAGGCUGGAAAUCUGCCCCAACGUGACCGUUAAAAGCUUGAAAAUCGGCGUCGACCCCUAUGAUAACAGUUACAUGCCUUCGGUGAUCGUCGUUAAUGGAGGAAGCAGUGUAAACGCGCUGUUCAAGCUGAACUCUGUAUCAGUCAAAAACCAGGACACGUCCGUUCAGCUGCUGUCCAACGUUGAAAAGUACUACCCGAUUAUCGAAAUCAACAUCACCAAGUGCCGGAACAACGGCAUCGAUUGCAAGAUCCAUGGGAUUUUUAUAGCUGGUGUCAAAAGGCAUUGCAUUGAGGACUUUCGGACGUCCGUGUCCUUUCUGGCUAAUGAUUGGGACUUGAAUGAGGACGCAAUUCCUGCACCGACGACAGUUAACAUGUACCGGGACGACUUCUGUACUCCCGGCAGCACGUCGGGAUGUAAGGUGUUUGUAUGGGGCUUGAACGACAAGGAUCAAUUAGGUGGUAUGAAAGGCUCCAAAGUGAAACUGCCCAUUCAAUCCGAUUUCCUCAGUCAACUUGCACCCGUCGACAUGGCUGGCGGGUCCAAAUCGCUCUUCAUAGUGUCUCAGCAGGGAAAGUUAUACGCAUGUGGAGAAGGUACGAAUGGCCGCCUCGGUUUGGGUCAUAGUCUGAACAUUCCGCAUCCGCGGCCUGUGCCAUUCCUAAGCCAGUAUGUUGUGAAGAAAGUGGCGGUGCAUUCUGGCGGCAAACAUGCCAUGGCGCUCACGAUGGACGGCAAAGUGUUUUCGUGGGGCGAAGGCGAGGAUGGAAAGUUGGGGCAUGGCAACAGGCUCAACCUGGACAAGCCAAAGCUGAUUGAAGCCCUGAAGAGCAAGAAAAUUCGGGAUAUUGCGUGUGGCAGUUCGCAUUCGGCAGCCAUCUCCAGUGGCGGUGAAUUGUACACUUGGGGAUUAGGGGAAUAUGGUAGAUUGGGGCAUGGAGACAAUGUCACUCAGCUUAAACCCAAAAUGGUGAAAGCCUUAGUUGGCCAUAGAAUCGUGCAGGUAGCUUGUGGAAGUAGAGAUGCCCAAACACUGGCGCUGUCCGACCAGGGACAAGUUUUUAGCUGGGGUGAUGGAGAUUUUGGGAAAUUAGGACGAGGCGGAUCUGAAGGCUGCAACGUGCCACACAACAUUGAAAGACUGAAUAACUUAGGAAUAGUCCAAAUAGAGUGUGGAGCACAAUUCUCUCUCGCCUUGGCCAAAUCUGGUCAGAUUUGGACGUGGGGGAAAGGCGAUUAUUUCCGACUGGGCCAUGGCACCGACCAGCACAUCAGAAAGCCCACUUUGGUUGAUUGUUUGAAGGAUAAGGUGAUCGUCCAUGUGGCUGUAGGCGCGCUUCAUUGUCUGGCUGUCACCGACAGUGGCCAGGUCUAUGCUUGGGGCGACAACGAUCAUGGGCAACAGGGCAAUGGAUCGACGUCCGUAAAUAAAAAGCCCGCUCUUGUACAGGGACUGGAAGAUGUCCAGAUUAAUAGAGUCGCUUGUGGCAGUUCUCAUUCUAUUGCCUGGAUUUUGCACGAUAACCAAACCAUCACUAAGGCUGAGCCGGUCAUUUUUGCAGCCCCCAAAGACCCACUGGGGUCGGCCAUGCUAGGACUAUACGACGGCGAAAAGGUGCCACUGAAAAGCUCGAGCAAAAACGCACCCACACUCAGCAGUAUUGUGAUGUCGCUGGAAAGUAACACGGCCAAACAGCAGGCUUUGCAGCACGUCCUCAAUGCCAUGCACAUCCAGCAGCUUCGGCAGGCUCUUGUUAAAGCGCUCAGCAGCCAUACGAAUGUGACCAAUCAACCUAUGAAGUCGGGCGAGACUUUGGAAAUGGAAAAAGAGAGAAAUACACAAAACCCCGGAGUGGAACCGGCGGCCUUAUCAGGAGGUGGCGAAGCCCCCGUAUCUAUUUCGGAAAUCACCGACUUGCCAGCGUCGCACAUCAGUCCAGAGCAAGAGGACAGUCCGGUGAUGUUGCUCCAACAAUCUAUGACUGCCAGCAGCUGUUCGGCCAGUCUUUCGUCGAAGCACAGCAAAAUGUCUACAAGCGCGAUGAGUGUGAUUGCGGCCACUCUGACUAGCCAUGCAGAAGUCGUAGGGGACAGUGGCUUGAGUGGCUUGGACGACUUAACAUCGCUGCUGUCGGAAAAUGAUUCCAGACUAAUUGUCGAUCUGUUGAAAUUGGCCGUUGCCGAACGUAUCGAAAGCCAACAGGCUAAAGAGAUUCUCUCAACGACGCUCAUAACCAUGGGUUCAGUGAACGCACCAAUUGGUUCAAUGCUGUUGGAGUUGUGCGUUACCGAGCUGGAGGACAUAGCCAAUAGCAAGCAGCCCUAUCCGAGCACACCCAAUCCCGUGGUGCAAGAAUCGAACCAUCCAUACUUUGAUGACAUCAAGCUCAGUGGGCACGUGCGAUUGCCAGGCGCUGAAGCUCUGAGGUUGGAGUUCGAUAGAAGAUGUUCAACAGAGCGUCGGCAUGACCCCCUUACCAUCACCGAUGGAACGGGCCGAGUGAUUGCCAUGCGAAGUGGCAGAGAGUGGUCGGAUUGGUCGGCAGAGUUGCGAGUGCCCGGCGACGAACUGCACUGGACGUUCAGCAGCGACAGUUCAGUGAAUGGCUGGGGAUGGAGAUUUACCGUUUAUCCAGUCGUGUCGAAUAACGGAAUUUUGGAGAUCUGCUCCGACCGGGCGAUUCUGAGCCAACCCUCCAUAGACAUGGUGAUGCUGUUACUGGACGUUCGCCUCUAUGCCUCAGCAGAUUACGGGCUCUUGUCGCGAUUGGCUGCUUCCCUCAUUGCUUGCUCACAGCUCAGCUUUUUGUCAGCCAAUCAGCGAAUGUGGGCCUUGCAGAAAGUGCACCGGCUUCUAAUCGACACGAAAAACAGCAGUCCAAUCGAGCAGCUUCAGCGUCUAAAUCCGCCAGAUGGUGCCCUAACAGAUUUCCGCGAAGAACUGCCUCGUAUCCUCUUGAGGCAGUUUGAGUACGAGGACAGCUCGGUUAGAGCCGGCUUGCAUCUGAUGCAUUCCGAUUUCUUCAAAGUGCUAGUGGCGCUGGCUUGCGAUCUAGAGAUGGACCAGAGCAGCGGCAUUGCCGAGGACCAUAAAUGGAUUUGGUUUAAGCGCUACUGUAAUGCAGCAAGAGUGGCCAAAUCGUUGAUUCAGCGCGCCUCCUUGCCUAUGGAAUUUUGCAGGGAAGUGCGCAAGAAGAUUCUGGACGGACAAACCAAGAACCUGAACUGUUUGCCCGGCGACUACUUGGAGCACGAGAACCAUCAGGUGUUCAAAAAGCAGCACGACGAGCAACUGCUGAUUUGGUUGAACAGGCGUCCGGACGACUGGACAUUGAGCUGGGGUGGCUCAGGAGCGAUCUAUGGGUGGGGCCACAAUCACCGAGGGCAGCUGGGCGGCAUAGAGGGCCCGAAAGUGAAAACGCCCACCCCGUGUGAGGCGCUGAGCCAAUUGAGACCAAUCCAGUUAGUGGGCGGUGAGCAGACUUUGUUUGCUGUUACCACCGAUGGAAAAGUCUACGCCACCGGGUAUGGAGCAGGGGGCCGGCUGGGCGUGGGCGGCUGUGACAGCGUUCUAGUCCCCACGCUGUUAGAGUCCAUACAGCACAUUUUCAUCAAAAAAAUCGCAGUGAACUCCGGGGGAAAGCACUGUUUGGCGCUCUCCGUAGACAACGAGGUCUACUCAUGGGGCGAAGGAGAAGAUGGAAAGCUGGGCCAUGGAAACAGGAUUUCCUGUGAGAAGCCCAAACUCAUCGACGCGUUUCAAGCACUGGAAGUGGUUGAUGUCGCUUGCGGCGGGGCGCAUUCAGCCGCUAUCACCGCAUCAGGGCAUUUGUAUACGUGGGGCAAAGGACGGUAUGGGCGUUUGGGCCAUGGGGACAGCGAGGACCAACUCAAGCCCAAAUUGGUGGAGGAAUUGGCCAACUACAAGGUGGUUGGAGUGGCUUGUGGAUCGGGCGACGCCCAAACGUUGUGCAUCACCGACGACGACAACGUGUGGUCUUGGGGCGAUGGCGACUACGGAAAAUUAGGAAGGGGAGGAUCGGACGGUUGCAAGGUUCCAACGAAAAUCGAGAGCUUAGCCGGCCUGGGGGUGAUGAAAGUGGAAUGUGGGUCGCAGUUUUCCAUUGCCCUCACUCGGUCCGGAAGUGUGUACACUUGGGGAAAAGGGGACUAUCAUCGACUGGGCCAUGGCACUGCCGACCACGUGCGGCGCCCCAAGAAAGUGGCAGCGUUGCAAGGGAAGAAAAUUGUCUCCAUUGCCACUGGAUCUCUGCACUGUGUGGCCUGUUCAGAAGAAGGAGAGGUAUUUACGUGGGGCGACAACGACGAGGGCCAGUUGGGCGAUGGCACCACCAGCGGCAUUCACAUCCCACGGCUCAUCUCGUGUCUGCAACCCAAAGUGAAAAAGAUCACGAACGUCGCCUGCGGCUCAGCCCACACUUUGGCAUGGUCAACCGACAGUUCCGUGAGCGCCCGAUUGCCUGCCGGAGCUCCCAUCGAAUACGACUUGCUCCAGGAUAUUCCCACUUGGGUGCUGCAUAGAAGGCUGGUGCUCUUGCACCAUUUCACCGAACUGAUCUGUCCGUGCAUCGCCAUGUUUCCCAUCACGGGCGAAGAGUCGCUGCACGAGCUGAGAAAUAUCCUGAUCUACUACAUCAAAGAGUCGACGUUCAGGAAAGUGGUUCAGGCCACCAUGGUUCGGGACAAGCAUCACGGGCCUGUUGUGGAACUAAACAGGUGGGGAAAGUGUCGAUGACUGUGGCGGAGGAUACAGCGAGUCGAUUGCUGAAAUGUGCGACGAAUUGCAGAACGGUUCCUUACCGCUGCUAAUACCCACUCCCAAUGGCCGAGAAGAGGCGGGAGCAAAUAGGGACUGCUUCGUUUUCAACCCUACAUCAAAAACCUGUUUGCACUUGAAUAUGUUUAGGUUCCUAGGCGUUUUAAUGGGGAUCGCCAUCCGGACUGGAUCGCCGCUGAGUCUAAGCUUGGCUGAGCCAGUCUGGAAGCAGUUAGCUGGAAUGGAUUUGACGCCAGCAGAUUUAACUGAAAUCGAUCGCGACUACGUUCCCGGGUUGCUCUGUAUCAGAGAUGCCGGCCCCGAUGAGCCACUCUUUCAAAAUCUUGAGAUGCCGUUCAGUACGCCGUCUUCGUGUGGUGUUGACGUACCGUUGAGUACCAAAUACAAGCGAAUCACUUUUGAAAAUCGGCUGGAAUACGUCAGGCUUGCUUUGAAUUUCCGGAUUCAUGAGUUCGAUGAGCAGGUGAAAGCAGUGCGAGAUGGAAUGUCCAAAGUGGUGCCUGUGCCUUUGCUGAGCCUGUUUAGCGGCUACGAGUUGGAGACGAUGGUGUGCGGCUCACCAGAUAUACCGCUGACCUUGCUGAAAUCCGUCGCUACUUAUAAAGGCAUGGACAGCACAGCUCCAUUGGCGCAAUGGUUCUGGGAAGUAAUGGAGGAUUUUACCAAUCAGGAGCGAUCGCUUUUCCUGCGUUUCGUUUGGGGCAGAACUCGCCUGCCGAGGACCAUUGCUGACUUUCGAGGCAGGGAUUUUGUCAUUCAAAUUAUAGAGAAGUACAACCCGCCCGACCACUUUUUGCCUGAAAGUUACACGUGCUUUUUUCUAUUGAAAAUACCCAAAUACUCGUGCAAGCAUGUUCUGCAGCAAAAGCUGAAGUACGCAAUACACUUUUGUAAAUCGAUCGACAAAGAUGAAUACGCCAGAGUAGCGAUAGCGGGCGAUUUGGCUGUGAGUUCGAGUUCCGAUGUAGAAAGCGACCCCGAAAUGGACAGUAGUACCUAGUCAUCUUGCAUAAUCGACAAUGCCCGUCCAAAUCCAUCAAUUUACGACUUGAUUUGAUGAUUGAUUGUUUCAGAAGAACCGCACAGCUCUGGCAGAUAGGUUUAAUAGUCGGUUAGAAUGCUACCAUUAUAUUAAUGUCGUCAAAUAAAAAACGCACUCAGUUUGCCAAUUAUAUGGUAGUUGUCGUAAGACGCGUUCUCGUUUAAGUAAGGGCUUGGUUCUGUGCAAAAUCAGUAGAUCGCUUGCUAAGAAUAAACUGUCCGCAACACUUAAAAAAAUAUGCGAACCCGUUUAUUUAGUCAAUGCUUUACUUUAGGGGAACAAAACGCCAAUUUUAAACUCGCAUUUUUGAAUUGAACCCAACGUGCAACAUUCCUUUUUAUUUUUUUCUAUGAGGGAAAUUAAUGUUGUUUUAUAUUAAGUUGUUAAGUAUUUUUGAAAGAAUUGUUCUUGGUAUGUAUUGAUGUAUCUAGUCAUCAUGUUAGUGCACUAUAAACUCUUCAUUAAUUACGA